CGGCGGGGCCUCGGCGGCCUCCGCGGCCGGGCCCGUGGGUGCCCGCCGGCCCCCUCGAGAUGAGCCUGCCGCGACGCCCGGCGUAGAACCGGGAGGCCCUGCGGCUGCGUCCCGCCUGGAGGGAGCUUGGCAGCGCCCUCCGAGCCCUCCCCCUGCCCUGCUGCCCGGGAGCCGUUUCCUCAGGGGAGAGCGCCGCGUCGUUGCAGGCUUCUGAAACUGGUAGAACCAUCUGCAAGACAGUCUUCAGUGGCUCUUCUGCCUUUGACAGCAGUGACUUCUAACUUGGUCUUUGGUCAUACCUAGGAAAGUGGAUAAUCGGUACACUCUUUGGGAUUGCUAUCAUGUGGGAGCCUGAAUACUACACCACAGGUUUCUCAAAAAAAUAUCAGGAACCCAGUGUGAAAUUGCUGCAAAAGCAGGGAUGAUUAUACAGAGAGUAGUGCUGAAUUCACGCCCCGGUAAGAAUGGAGUGCCAGUGGCUGAAAACUUCCGGCUGGAACAAGGUACAAUAGCAGAUACAAUCCAAGCAGGACAAGUGUGCGUUAGAACCCUUUAUCUCUCUGUGGACCCAUACAUGCGCUGCCGAAUGAAUGAGGAUACUGGCUCCGAUUACCUCCUGCCCUGGCAGCUGUCCAAAGUUGCUGAUGGUGGGGGCAUUGGGGUUGUGGAGGAGAGCAAGCAUGAUAACCUUGCUAAAGGAGACUUUGUAACUUCCUUUAAUUGGCCCUGGCAAACAGUGGCAAUUCUAGACGGAAGCUUGCUACAAAAGCUUGUUCCACAGCUUGUAAAUGGACACCUUUCCUACUUUCUCGGUGCAGCUGGCAUCACAGGACUGACAGCCCUGCUAGGUAUAAAGGAGAAAGGACACGUGGCUGUGGGUGCAAAUCAGACAAUGGUGGUGAGUGGAGCAGCUGGUGCCUGCGGCUCUCUGGCUGGCCAGAUUGGCCGUUUGGAGGGCUGCUCUAGAGUUGUGGGGAUUGCUGGCACAGAUGAAAAGUGCUCCAUUUUGGUUGAAGAAAUGGGGUUUGAUGCUGCUAUCAAUUACAAGAAGGGGGAUGUGGCAGAGCAGCUACGUGAACUCUGCCCGGGUGGUGUGGAUGUUUACUUUGACAAUGUUGGUGGAGACAUCAGUGAUGCAGUUAUAAGUCAGAUGAAUCGGAACAGCCAUAUCAUCCUGUGUGGACAGAUAUCUCAGUAUAACAAAGAUGUGCCAUAUCCUCCUCCACUGCCUCCUGACAUAGAAAAAAUACAGAAAGAAAGGAAUAUCACAAGGGAAAGAUUCUUAGUGUUGAACUAUAUGCACAAACAAGAAGCUAGUGUAUUACAGCUCUGUCAGUGGAUCCAAGAGGGUAAACUGAAGGUCAGAGAGACCAUUGUAGAAGGCUUAGCAAACAUUGGUGCCGCUUUCCAGUCUAUGAUGAAUGGAGGCAAUAUUGGAAAGCAGAUCGUCUUGGUUUCUAAGUGAAAGUCAUUGCUUCAGGAAAAAUAGUUGGAUUCUAUCUCUAACAGUGAGCAAGUUUUUACUUAGGCUAAUUUCAAUUUUCUUAAAUAAACUAUUGACUUGUUCUGUAUGUACUGAAAGCAGAGAUUCUGGGAUGCUAAUAAACUAAAUAGAACUGGAAA